UUUUGAUAAAAUAUUUUUUUUCAUCUUUUGUUUUCCCUCUCACCGUCUCAUUGGAGGGAAAACAUCGAAAAUUUUGUAGCAAAAGAAAGAAUAGAGCCUCCUCUGCUUUCAGUAAACUAAUCUAGGGUUUUAUUAAUCUAUUCUUUCAGCUUAUUUUCUCCGAACUGAUUCUGUAGCAUUUUACUUUCUUCUUGUUGAAAGUAAGUCCGAAUGCGAUUCUUGCUGCGACAGCUUAUCGAAUUUGAUUUUCACAUCAGGAUAAUUGUUCUGGAACUCUAUUUGCUGCUUUAAUUACUCCCACUAAAGUCGGUCAGUUUUUACAACAUAACGGGAAGUAAGACAUGCAAACCAAGAAAAAAGCCUCCAGGCGAAAUGGUAGCCGAGAGUGCGUUUCUCCUAGGGCUUCAAGAGCACAGAAGAAGGUCUCUGAAAAUGGCCAGGUGGUUGAAAAGAAAGUGGUGGAUUUAAUUACAUCUUCUGCAAGAAAGAUUAAACCUGCUUGCGCCUUUGAGAAUAAAGCUGGAGAACCAGUGCCCCUGACUCUUUUGGAUAACGAGUACGACACUGUGGACAAGGGGAUUUCCUGUACUAAUCUGGGAAAUGAAGCAAAUGAUGGUGCUUCAGUAGAUUUUGAGGGUUGUAAUAAGCAAGCUCUACCUCUGGAGACUGGAACUAUAUUCUCUCCUGGGUUUCACUUAUCUAAAGGUUCUGGAGGAAAGGUUGCUGACAGAGUUGAUUUUGUCCAAAUAUUUCGGUGUGACGAUCAAAAAAGAAUUUCUCUCGACCAAGAAGUAACACAGUUACCACAGGAGGAUGCAGUAGAUGGCCAUGUUAGUCAAGAUUUUGACUCUGCCAUGGAAGUAGACAUAAACAAUUCAUCAAAUGUGCUUGCCAUAAGCACCAAAACUGUCAAUGGUUGCAGUUCUGAUUUUGAUGGAAAUGGUCUUUCCAUGGAAGUUCCUUCAAUAUAUCUUGCCAUGAAAAACUCAAAGCUGGAAUGUAUUGAUGAGCAUGGUCAGGACUCUGUAUCGUCUGAUAUGUGCCCAGAAGAUGAUGAAUUUGAGGAUUUUGACGAUUUUGACCCUUACCUAUUCAUAAAGACUUUACCAGACUUAUCAAGGGUUGUUCCCACUUUUAGACGGAUGUUGCUACCUAAGCAGACUCGGAGCUGCCCUCCUAUUACUCUUGUUCUGGACUUGGAUGAAACUUUGGUGCAUUCUACCCUAGAACCUUGCGAGGAUAUAGACUUUACUUUCACUGUGAAUUUUAACUGUGAGGAGCACAAUGUCUAUGUGCGCUGCCGUCCUCACCUAAAGGAUUUCCUUGAGAGAGUUUCUGGUCUUUUUGAAAUUAUUAUAUUUACAGCCAGUCAAAGUAUUUAUGCUGAGCAACUCCUAAAUGUGCUUGAUCCAAAGCGGAAGAUAUUUCGCCAUCGUGUAUUCCGUGAAUCUUGUGUUUAUGUGGAGGGGAAUUACCUCAAAGAUUUAACAGUGCUCGGCCGUGAUUUAGCACAUGUUAUAAUAAUCGACAACUCCCCACAGGCAUUUGGGUUCCAAGUGGACAAUGGAAUACCGAUUGAGAGUUGGUUUGAUGAUCCUUCAGAUAGAGAAUUGCUUUUAUUGCUUCCUUUCUUGGAGAGUUUGGUAGGAGUCGAUGAUGUCCGACCUCAAAUUGCGAGAAGGUUCAGGCUCCGGGAGAAAAUUGCUGCAGCUGUGCAUCCUUUAAAUACAAGUAGAAGAGAUUUCUUGUCUGAAUAAAUUGCGUAUUGAACAAUGUUUAGGAAAGGAAGGCACUUUUUGUAUUUUAUAACAUUCUCGUUCUUAUAUUAUGAUAUUAACAACAUCUUUCUCUUUGUUGUUGAAGUUGUAAUGAUAAUAUUGAACUAGAGAAGAGGGAAAUAUGAGUGUAAGCAUCAAAACUAGUGCGGAGGAUGCCUGGUUGACUGUCAUUCUGGUAAUAAAACCCCCCUUAAUUGAAUUAAGAAUAUUUUUCUAGCCGA